AUGACAGUCUUUGAUAAGUCCAGACCGGACUCGCAGCAGACGAUGAGCUUCGAGGAUGAAGAGUAUGCAAGGAAGGGUCUUGUUGAGCCUCGGUACAUGGGGACAGUUGCCGAUCAGCGUGACAUGAAUGCCCUCGGUCGAGUUCAAGUCCUCCGAAGAAAUUUUCGUUUCAUCUCAAUUGUGGGCUUCGGCUGCACCCUGAUCUGCACCUGGGAGGUUAUAUUGACGUUGCUAUCUGCGGGCCUCACAGAUGGCGGAACAGCAGGCUUGAUAUGGGGUUUCAUCGGCGUUACGCUGGGAUUUACCCUUGUUUAUGCAAGUAUAGCUGAGAUGGCUUCGAUGGCUCCAACUGCAGGUGGUCAAUACCACUGGGUGUCUGAGUUUGCACCUCGACGGGGGCAGAAGUUUCUUAGUUAUAUCACCGGGUGGCUUUCUGCUAUGGGAUGGCAGUGUGCCAUUGUGUCUAUUGCUUACCUGGCCGGCACCAUUAUCCAAGGAUUGAUCGUACUGAAUCAACCCGAAUACGAUUUCCAAAGAUGGCACGGCACAAUGCUGGUGAUUGCCAUCUCAACAUUUUCAAUUCUCUUCAACACGUUCUUAGCGAAGAAUCUCCCCUUUGUGGAGGGAUUGAUCCUGAUCAUCCAUAUCGUUGGCCUGUUUGCCAUCAUCAUCCCGCUGUGGGUGCUCGCACCACGCAAUAACGCCCAUGCAGUGUUCACCACUUUUAACAACGGCGGCGGGUGGAACAAUUCCGGAACAGCUACCCUCGUCGGUCUGUCGACCACCAUCACCUCUAUGCUCGGUUAUGACUGUUCGGUUCAUAUGUCGGAGGAAAUUAAAGAUGCAUCGGAGACACUGCCCAAAGCUAUGAUGUCCUCCGUUGCCGUCAAUGGGGUACUAGGGUUUAUAAUGUUAAUCACGCUAUGUUUCACCCUGGGCGAAGUCGACAAAGUCCUGGAUACGCCGACUGGAUUCCCAUUCAUUGCAAUUUUCUAUAAUACCACUGGCAGCUUGGCAGCUACAAAUGCCAUGACUGCAGUAUUAGUCGUGACAUUGACAGCUAGCACCAUCACUGAAGUGGCAACGGCGUCCCGACAACUCUGGUCGUUUGCCCGAGACGAGGGAUUGCCCUUUUCAUCAUUCUUCGCAUAUGUCACGCCGGGCUGGAACAUCCCGCUCAACUCUGUGAUGGUCUCGUUGGUCGUCACAAUUCUCCUCUCGCUGAUCAACAUCGGAUCGGAGGUUGCGCUCAAUGCUGUCAUCUCGCUCACGAUAACGUCACUGCUGUCUGCGUACAUCCUGUCUAUAGGCUGUGUGUUUCUGAAACGACUGCGUGGCGAGGCACUCCCGCACCAUCGGUGGUCACUAGGGAGAUUUGGAAUGGCGGUGAAUUUUGGCGCGUUGGCCUUUCUCUUCCCGUUGUUUCUGUUUGCAUUCUUUCCGCUGACAACUGAUGUGACGGUUGAAACAAUGAAUUGGUCAGUGGCGAUGUACGUCGGGGUGGUUGGAUCGGCGUCGCUUUAUUACUGGGCAAGGGGCCGGCAUCAUUUCAUUCCGCCCGUGGCCUUGGUGAACAGGGACGGGAAAUAA